GUGUCCUCGAAGUGAUAGGUUUUACAACUGUUGCACAGCUGAAAGUUCUUGUGGUCUUGCCUUUGCCCACAUAGGAAUACAAUGUUAUUCAACCCAACUAGUUUGGCUGAUUGCUUACAGGAGUGGGAGGGUCUGGAAAAAGACUUUCAACGGGUCCAGGUAAGGGGCAUGUUUUAGAAAAGUAUAUUUCCUACAAACUUGCUGACCUGAAGUUAGCGGUUCGCCAACUCGCUACGGCCAGACGCACAUAAAAUAGCUAAUCCGCACAAUGUGUGCUGACGACAGCUAGCUAGCUAGCUAGGUAGGUAACGUUAGCUAGCUAGUUAGGUAGCUAUAUAAUGCUCGCCAAUCCAGAAACAUGUACUUGUAGGCUAGCUAGCUGCGAUUGCACAUUUUACAAUCCUGAACUGACUAACGUUAGCGAGUUCCUUGAAAUAGUAAUCUAACUAAAUGUCAUGGGAAUUAUCCAUGGCAUGGGGUGUUCAUGAACAAGCUGUCCACACUCAGUGUGCCACUACUCUGGCAAACUGUCAACAUAGCUAGCUAGCACAUCCAAGAAAGAAUGCAAGAAUGAAGGUUCUUCGGUAGGACCAAAAACUUGUUGAAAGCUGUUUUGAUAAUCUGAUUUCAUUUUUUAACAAAAAAUGGCACACAGGUUCUUAUCACAGGAUUACAGCAGUAGUUGGACAGGCACAACAAUGUCGUAAAGUUUGUUUGUUUAAAGUUGUACCUUGAAAUGUAAUUAAGACAUAUGAAAUAUCCCAAAAUCCAUUCAACAAUCAUACCACAGUACAGUACUACAUAUAAUACGUGAAAUAUAUCAUACUUUAUAUAUAUUAAAUUCCACUAUAAUAUGAUAUCAAACACGUUCUGUAUCCAACCUGGUGAUAAUAGGCUGCUUCCGGAUUAUCUGAUUUCUACCAACAAAAAAUAUCACUAUGAAAUAUAUUUUGAACUAAUUUGAAUUUGCUGCUACAAUUUAUCACUGUAAAUUGACAUUAAAACUCUUGGGAUGUUAUAACAUUGGAGGGCAUACAGAUCAGUAGCUAUCUCUUUUCUUAUUUUUUAAAGGCCCAGUGCAGUCAACUUGAUUUUCCUGUGUUUUUAUAUAUAGUUCAACUAUGAGGUUGGAAUAAUACUUUGAAAUUAGGAUAAUGCUCUUAUAGUGUAAGAGCUGUUUGAAAAGACCGCCUGAAAUGUCAGCCUGUUGUGGUGGGAUGGCGUUUUGGCCUGCCUGGUGUCAGCACCAGGCGGUACAUUUGUUAUAGACCAAGAGUUCCAAACCUCUCUGCCAAUAAAAGCUAGUUUUCAGUUUUCCCCUCCCCACUCAGACGACUCCCAGACAGUCCUAGCAAAAUUCUUGCUUGAGAAAUUGCUCUUUGCUAAGAAGCUAUUUUUGUUUUCUUUUUGACCAUUUUAAUUGAAAACAAUCACAGUAAGGUUUUGAUAUUGAGAUAAAAACAGUUGCAUUGGAAGCCUCACAAGCAAGCAGUACAACUAGACCAACAUUUUGAAAUUCAUUUCCAUAAUUCCCAAAGUGUGAGACCUUCUGUUCUGUACAAAUGUCAAGGUAGAUUAUGAAACUUAGCCUAAACAAAAUGAAUAGGCUUAGCACAAGCACGCUUUUUGAUACAGCGUUAUGGUCAUACUUACAGUUGAAGUCAGAAGUUUACAUACACCUUAGCCAAAUACAUUUAAACUCAGUUUUUCACAAUUCCUGACAUUUAAUCCUUGUAAAAAAUUCUUAGGUCAGUUAGGAUCACCACUUUAUUUUAAGAAUGUGAAAUGUCAGAAUAAUAGUAGAGAGUGAUUUCUUUCAGCUUUUAUUUCUUUCAUCACAUUCCCAGUGGGUCAGAAGUUUACAUACACUCAAUUAGUAUUUGGUAGCAUUCCCUUUAAAUUGUUUAACUUGGGUCAAACGUUUCGGGUAGCCUUCCACAAGCUUCCCACAAUAAGUUGGGUGAAUUUUGGCCCAUUCCUCCUGACAGAGCUGGUGUAACUGAGUCAGGUUUGUAGGCCUCCUUGCUCGCACACGCUUUUUCAGUUCUGCCCACAAAUCUUCUUUAGGAUUGAGGUCAGGGCUUUGUGAUGGCCAUUCCAAUACCUUGACUUUGUUGUCCUUAAGCCAUUUUGCCACAACUUUGGAAGUAUGCUUGGGGUCAUUGUCCAUUUGGAAGACCCAUUUGCGACCAAACUUCCUGACUGAUGUCUUGAGAUGUUGCUUCAAUAUAUCCACAUAAUUUUCCUUCCUCAUGAUGCCAUCUAUUUUGUGAAGCGCACCAGUCCCUCCUGCAGCAAAGCACCCCCACAGCAUGAUGCUGCCACCCCCGUGCUUCACGGUUGGGAUGGUGUUCUUCGGCUUUCAAGUAACCCCCUUUUUUUCAUAAACACUAUGCCAUGGAAUCGGUACAUCAAAAAUCUCUUCCCAACUAUUUUGCUAUAUGGGACAGCUGUCAAUCCUUUGGUCCUUAAAUGAAAGUGGUAUACUUUUUUAUUUAGUCCUACCUAUGAUAUCAUUUAUGAAGAUUAUACCUUUUUUAAAACAUUUUUUCAAAGAAUAAUGGUUUUUUAUUUACAUUUUAGUCAUUUAGCAGACGCUCUUAUCCAGAGCGACUUACAGUUAGUGAGUGCAUACAUUUUUCAUACUGGCCCCCCGUGGGAAACGAACCCACAACCCUGGCGUUGCAAGCGCCAUGCUCUACCAACUGAGCUACAGUAUCAAUUAGUAUAUUUGAGUUUAACCACAAUAUUUUUUGCAUUAUUUGUUCUGUCGUUUCUGGGGGAUUAAAUUGAAAUUGCAACCAACUUUCUAUGGCUUGUUUUAGAAAUAGUGAUAUUUGGGAGAUUUAUUUCCUUUACAAAUAACUGAAAGUGACAGGUUGUAAUCUGAAGAAAGGGAAAAAGGCUGUUCUUGAACAUUGGGUGAGACAAUCUUACUAAUUUGCUAGAGAAGCAGUUCGGAUUUAAGUAUGACUUUUGUAUGACUGAAGCUUUUAGUGAUAGGUCUAAUGCUUUAAUAUUUAAUCAUUUCUGUCCUCUGAAUUCAAAUUCAUUAUAUAAAUGGGCCCGUUUAAUGUUGUCUGGCUUGCCGUUCCAAAUAAAAGUGAAUAUCUUUUUCUCAUAUAAUUUAAAAAACUGUUCGCUAGGCGUAGGCAAGACCAUAAGCAAAUAGGUAAACUGGGAUAAUACUAAAGAGUUAAUCAGGGUGAUUUUUCCACAAAUUGGCAGGUAUUUACCUUUCCAUGGUAGCAAGAUCUUAUCUAUUUUUGCAAACUUUCUAUUAAAAUUAGGUCUUGGCUGAUUUCUUUUGAUUUUCCCAUGAUAUCAAGCAAAGAGGCACUGAGUUUGAAGGUAGGCCUUGGAAUACAUCCACAGGUACACCCCCAAUUGACUCAAAUGAUGUCAAUUAGCCUAACAGAACCUUCUAAAGCCAUGACAUCAUUUUCUGGAAUUUUCCAAGCUGUUUAAAGGCACAGUCAAUUUAGUGUAUGUAAACUUCUGACCCACUGGAAUUGUGAUAGUGAAAUAAUCUGUCUGUAAACAAUUGUUGGAAAAAUUACUUGUGUCAUGCACAAAGUAGAUGUCCUAACCGACUUGCCAAAACUAUAGUUUAUUAACAAGAAAUUUGUGGAGUGGUUGAAAAACUAGUUUUAAUGACGCCAACCUAAGUGUAUGUAAACUUCCGACUUCAACUGUAGGUUACGUGCAAUGACAAUAAGUGUCAGUUAGUGAAAUAUCCCAUCAUGUAGGCUAUAUCUAGUCCAACCACAUUGCUGAGUGAUUGAGAUGAUACAAAGUGAUGCAUAUGCACAAUAGAGAUGCUAAAUUGUUCUUACCAUCUCUGUUUUCCUCUAGGAGACUCACCGUCUGUAUAAACAGAAGCUUGAGGAGGUGUCCAAGCUACAAGACAGCUGCUCCAAUGCCAUAGCACGACAGAGGAAGAAAUUAAAAGAGCUCACAGUGUCGCUGGGAGAGUGAGUAUCAAGCACAGUUGAUGUAAUAGGACACAUGGAACCUCACAUUUUUCAGUGUUAUUUAGUAAUAACAGUGUAAUAGACCUACACUGUAGUCAUAGUUCUCGUUAUUCUAUUGUUCCACUUUGUACUUAUUACUAAAUCAUGUUGUCUUUUUCCUUUUUAGAUGCAAAGAAACACUGAGUCCAGAGGAAAUGAAUGCAAUAGAUGGGAUCCAGGAAUCUAUCAAGGACAGGCCAAAUGUUUUCUUUGAAAUGGAGUCUUUCCUGCCAAAGAAGAAUGAGUAAAACAAAUAUAGCCGUCUUUUGCAUAGCACUAACAGUUCGCAGGCUACCGUCUCGGUGUUAGGUUAUCUACUACAACACGCCUUAAGCACAUAGUGUGCAGUUCAAACUGGCAAUGUAAAACAGUUUAGCUUGAUACGGGUUGGCUCUCUACUAGACAAAAGCGAGUUUGGCUCUCUAUUAGAGAAGAUUUGUUGACAGUUUUUUUCUUGAUAGAAUUCUCUCUCCUUUGCUGUACAGGUUAUACCUCAGUCUCGUUCUUGGGAACGUGAAUGUAACAUUGCUCAACAAACACUCCAAGUAAGCGCUUUUCAGUAAUUUAACAAAUGUAUUGCAAUUUAAUAAUGAUGACAUGACAACGAGAACUCAUACUCUAACUGUUUGCCUCUUGGUGAACGUAACCGAUGCUUUUUCUCUGUUCUCUCGCCACAAGAUUUGCCUACAAAGAUGAAUAUGAGAAAUUCAAAUUGGUCCUCACCGUCCUACUCCUCUUCUUCUCAUUCACAUGUCGCUUUGUAUUUAGUUACAGGUGAGUAACCUCUCAUAUGCCAUUUUACUCACAAUCCAUAUCAGGAGUAUUAUCAAACAUUUUGAACUCAUUAAAAACGUUCCACUAUUGUAUGUAUUAUUAGCUGUAAUAUAUUGUUAUCAUGCACUAAUACCUAUAAAUUACAUUUGCUCCUGUUUGUCUUUGACUCUGAACUCCGUGAACUUUGAACUAGUGUUUGUGGUUGUGUACGUCUUUGUUUGGCAGAGCCUUAGACGCUCUCUUCAACUUCCUGCUGGUGUGGUACUACUGCACACUGACCAUUCGGGAGAGUAUCCUCAUUAGCAAUGGCUCCAGGUCAGUAGUCAACCUUCAGGCCAUUAUCCAUUUCAUACUGCUGGUGUGUGUUUGCAUUCAGCUGAAGACACUGCACCACUGUGUGUGUGCACUACAACAGUGGUCCAAUGAAACAGCACACUGUCUGUGUCUGCCUCAUUACAUGGAGGCAUGUUGAUGCCUACUGUACUUUAAUGUACAAUCCUGCAUUUAUAAUACACUGAUUUAUAUCUCAUAUGUACUGUCCGUUAUAGCUAUUUAUUCGCUGUGGCCUGUACAUAGAUCUUGGUGUGACUUGUUUGUUUGUUUGCUUCAGGAUCAAGGGUUGGUGGGUGUUUCAUCACUAUGUGUUCUGCUUCCUGUCUGGAGUGAUGCUGACUUGGUAAGUGCACCCCAAUGUUCUAUAUCUGCAAUAUGGUAUCACUCUAACUAUGGCUGGGCAUGUGAUCAAAUUAAGCACGAGGGAGACACUGAACACUGCAGCCUCAGAGGCCUGGAGUUUUAGUAUGUUACCAUAUUACAAUUUUUAUUACCAUAUUUAUGAGUGCACAAGACAAGAAGAACACAUUAGGUAGCUUGUUGACCCUUGACCCAAAUGUAUUUUUAUGCCCUCUGAUUGGCUAGAAUGGAAUUUUCACCAUAGUACUUAUCUAACUGCCCUGUCUGUCCUACAGGCCGGAAGGCAUACUCUACCAGAUGUUCAGGAAUCAGUUCCUCACCUACUGCUUGUACCAAAGUAAGACAACUGUAAAAUCUUUAAGUGAGAAUUGACUAUGGAGUAAAUUGCAUACAGUUGUUUUUAAUCUGAGGCUAUCAUUAUUGAAAACAAAUGGCACUAUUCAACUUUUGAAUAGACAUUUCAAUUAAUUCACCUUUGAAAUGAAAAUGGUAUUGACCCAAAACCUGGGACGAAAUAGAAUAGUGUCAGUAUUAAUACAGUACACUUCUGUUGUUGUGUUGUCUGUGCCAAAUAGGUUUUGUCCAGUUUCUCCAGUACUAUUACCAGAGUGGCUGUCUGUACAGACUUCGAGCCCUGGGAGAGAGUCACAACAUGGACUUGACAGUUGGUGAGUGAGAAGUUACACAUUGUUGUGUGUCAUCAUGACUACUCACUGAUCACACGUGUUUAAGAGGUACAUGACCAAAAUUACUCCUCCAUCACUCCUCCAUUGACCUAAUAUCAUCAUCAACACAUACUGUAGUUUGCAGCUGUAUAGUACAUGUUUACUGGUAUUGUAUAGUAUAUGGUUAUGGCGCAGUGGCGCAGUGGUCUAAGGCACAGCAUCGCAGUGCUAGCUGUGCCACUAGAGAACCUGGUUCGAAUCCAGGCUCUGUCGUAGCCGGCCGCGACCGGGAGACCCAUGGGGCGGCGCACAAUUGGCUCAGCGUCGUCCAGGGUAGGGGAGGGAAUGACCGGCAGGGAUGUAGCUCAGUUGGUAGAGCAUGGCGUUUGCAACGCCAGGGUUGUGGGUUCGAUUCCCAUGGGGGGCCAGUAUAAAUAAAAUAAAAAAUGAUGUAUGCACUCACUAACUGUAAGUCGCUCUGGAUAAGAGCGUCUGCUAAAAUGACUAAAAUGUAAAAAAAAAAAAAAAAAAAAAGUGCAUUCCAUAUACACUAUAUAUACAUAAGUAUGUGGACACCCCUUCAAAUUAGUGGAUUCGGCUAUUUCAGCCACACCCGUUGCUGACAGGUGUAUAAAAUCGAGCACACAGCCAUGCAAUCUCCAUAGACAAACAUUGGCAGUAGAAUGGCCUUACUGAAGAGCUCAGUGACUUUCAACGUGGCACCGCCAUAGGAUACCACCUUUCCAACAAGUCAGUUCGUCAAAUUUCUGCCCUGCUAGAGCUGCUCCGGUCAACUGUAAAUGCUGUUAUUGUGAAGUGGCAACAUCUAGGAGCAACAACAGGUCAGCCACGAAGUGAUGGGCCACACAAGCUCACAGAACGGGACCGCCGAGUGCUGAAGCGCGUAAAAAUCGUCUGUCCUAGGUUGCAACGCUCACUACCGAAUCCCAAACUGCCUCUGUAAGCUACGUCAGCACAAUAACUGUUCGUCGGGAGCUUCAUGAAAUGGGUUUCCAUGGGCGAGCAGCCACACACAAGCCUAAGAUCACCAUGCGCAAUGCCAAGCUUCAGCUAGAGUGAUGUAAAGCUCGCCGACACUGGAGCAGUGGAAACGCGUUCUCUGAAGUGAUGAAUCACAGUUCACCAUCUGGCAGUGCGACGGAAUAAUCUGGGUUUGGCGGAUGCCAGGAGAACGCUACCUGCCCGAAUGCAUAGUGCCAACUGUAAAGUUUGGUGGAGGAGGAAUAAUGGUCUGGGGCUGUUUUUCAUGGUUCGGGCUAGGCCCCUUAGUUCCAGUGAAGGGAAAUCUUAGACUACAGCAUACAAUGACAUUCUAGACGAUUCUGUGCUUCCAACUUUGUGGCAACAAUUUGGGGAAGGCCCUUUCCUGUUUCAGCAUGACAAUGCCCCCGUGCACAAAGCGAGGUCCAUACAGAAAUGGUUUGUUGAGAUCAGUGUAGAAGAACUUGACUGGCCUGCACAGAGCCUUGACCUCAACCCCAUCGAACAUCUUUGGGAUGAAUUGGAACGACUGCGAGCCAGGCCUAAUCGCCCAACAUCAGUGCCCGACCUCACUAAUGCUCUUGUGUAUGAUUGGAAGCAAGUAGCCGAAGCAAUGUUCAAACAUCUAGUGGAUAGCCUUCCCAGAGGAGUGGAGGCUGUUAUAGCAGUGAAGGGGGGACCAACUCCAUAUUAUUGUCCAUGAUUUUGGAAUGAGAUGUUCGACGAGCAGGUGUCCACAUACUUUGGUCAUGUUGUGUAUUUAGUGACGUAAACAAACAUUCCUCCACCUCAGAGGGUUUCCAGUCGUGGAUGUGGCGAGGCCUGACCUUCCUUCUGCCCUUCCUGUUCUUUGGUCAUGUGAGUAUCGGGGUGGGUGGGUCAUAGUCCAUCCUCUUCUCAGCAAUUUAGGUUAUUGAAAGUACCAAAGUUAUUUCUGGAUAUUGUUGUUACUGCAGUUGUAUGUCUUGAGGAAGAGUGACACAGCUAUGUUCUGUGUGUUUGUAGUUCUGGCAGCUUUACAAUGGCCUAACACUGUUCAGGAUGGCCCAGCUCCCAGAGUGUAAAGAGUGGCAGGUCAGUGCAUUUCACAGAUGCUCUUUUCAUUUCACAGAGAAAAUGAAUUAAACUUUAUAUGAAUAUGUGGCAAGCUCCUUUUAGUUUUUUUGUAUUUUAUUUUGUUGACAGUCAAAUUUAAAGUGAACAUUUGCUACUGUAUUCCUAACCUGUCCUCCCUCCCCACCCUACAGGUCUUCAUGUGUGGCUGCUCCUACCUUGUGUUGUUCAUGGGGAACUUCUCCACCACACUUGGAGUAGUCUACCAUAAGUACAUCCACAACCAAGACAAGUCCAAGAGCCUAUAAGACUGGAAGAGAAAGAUAACUGGACAUUGUUAUGAACCCAACUAUUUAUUCAAAAGAAUAUGUGCAAAAGGUGUUAUACUAAUGUGCUUUUUAUGUCUAUUUUAUACGUGUGUCUUGUAAACGUUUGCUUUUUUCUGUUGCACCUUUUUAUCAAACAUGUUUUGUGUAAAUCACAUUGUUCUUUGUUUUUCUGUGAAAUGCAGCUUGUCACUUUCAGCAUCACAUUAUUUAAUUGUGUGUGAGAUUACCUGAAUAGGUUGGAUAUAUUACAGUGGAAGAGAAUUACAAGCCUUGCACUGACAAUCACUAAACUGUCUACAUAUUCAGCUGUGUCAAAAGAGAGCUCACUGCAAUAAUAAGCCACUGACUGAGUCUGUGCUUUGUUAAUUAAAUGUUUCAUCAUGAGACUGUGCCAUGCGUAUUACUACUGGUAUGUUAGGGAUAUGUUGACAAUAUUACUUUCUUCUUGUCUCAUACUAUUUUGAGGAUGGAUAGUGUUCUUCUCGAUGGUUUGAUAGGAUGGUUGAUAUCAAAGUGAGCUCUUAAUUAGUUCAAUUAUAGGAGCUUUCAGGGACAUGGUGGCGCAGCGGUCUAAGGCACU